AUGGACAAUUCCGACAGUGCCAAACCGCGCUUUCAGCCAUCGAAGCUCGUACUUGGGAAGGCUGCAGCUCAUGUUAUCGAUAUCGAAGUCGACUCGCUGGAUUGGAACAAGUCCUUCAUAUUGCUCGGUGGCGACUCUAUCCUAGCAAUCGAUUUCAUCGCCAAAUGCCGUCAUGCAGGUAUUCACGUGGACAUGACAGAACUGUUGACGGCCGAGACCUUGGGUGCACUCGCUGAAGAGAUAGACCGAAAGAAUGCGGGAUCUGUUAACGGAGUCAAUGGUCACGCAAAUGGAGACAUCGAUUUUCCUCUUGUCAAUUGGCAAGAUUCCGCGCUGGACGACCUGGUCGCGGACUUGAAAACGCACAGUAUAGCCAUUAGCGACAUCGAAUCUAUUGCGCCUUGCUCCGCCGUGCAAGAAGGUUUCUUUGUCAGUCAGGCUAUCAACCCUACUUCCUAUAUCAGCCAUGUUUCCAUGAGGCUGCUUUCAACCUCUGCCGAUGGUCGGCGACCUUCAACGGAGAGGGUUGUCGAUGCAUGGAGAGACAUUGUCAAACGUCAUGCAAUCCUGAGGACGACAUUUAUCGAGAGCAAUGACCGACCUGGCAAAUUUGACCAACUUGUCCUCAAGCCUAACACUAUGCCACCCCGUGUUAUAAUAUCCUCCUCGACAAAGGAUAUUCGAGCCGUGCCACCCUUUAUUACGCGCAAGUUCGAAGCUCCGCUGCGUCUUUGUGCUUAUGAGGUCAAUGCUAAUGAGCUUCGAGUUGACCUGGAAAUUUCGCAUGCCCUGGUGGAUGGACACUCUGGUAGAAUCUUGUUGCACGAUCUUCGUGCUAGCUAUCUACGAGCUGCGUACUUCUCGGAGAACGCGCUUCCAUAUACGAGUUUUGCAUCUCACCAGCAAGCUGCCUUGAACACACGGGAGGCAUCUGUAGGUGUUGAGUACUGGACAUCCUACCUAAACAACGCCAGCGAGUCUCAUUUGCCUCUUAUCGAAAUCAAUCCUCAACUGCAUCACCUGAAGACAGCUUGUUGUUCCAUUGCACUACCACAUAGGAAGCUUCGCGCUGUCUGCAGUCAGAUAAUGGUUACUCCGGCAAACCUGUUCCAAAUCGCCUGGGCGCUUGCCAUUCGACGCAUCAUCCUAUCAGAUACCAUAACGUUCUCAUAUAUAGUCUCUGGGCGUAACUGCAAUCUCGAGGGCGUCGACGGGACUGUGGGGCCCUUCCUAAACACAUUACCAUGCUGUCUCACAUUGACCCCGGAGACCAGCACGACUGAUGCACUGUCUUUGGCGAAACGAGACUGGCAAGACGGCCUACCAUUUCAGAACAUUCCUAUAGCCGAUCUGGCCGUGGCAAAAACACGGUCGUUGAAGCGGCUCGGAAACACGCUGCUCUCAAUUGAGCGAGAAGCAACAAACACGCAUAUGUUCACAGAAGGAACCUCCGUGACCCUAGAUGCGAGGACAAGCGCAACAGACUAUGAUCUAUCCGCCAAUGUGAGAUUUAGUGAAGAACGGAUCGACUUGAGUCUCGAAUACUGGGCUUCUAGGAUAGCCUGGCCGGUUGUAAAGGCCCAGAUGACGGCGUUUCAAGACGCAGUCGCAUUUUUAUUAGAAGGAGCGAGCAGCAUGCACAUCCGCGACUUUCCAAGCCAUGCCAUCGAAGACCGCCUUGCGAUUUCGAGGUGGAAUUCCGCCAUACCCCCACGCCUGGAACGCUGUGUUCACGACCUUGUCCGGGACAAGAUGGCCGCCCAGCCAAGCGCACAGGCCAUUAGCGCUUGGGACGGCGAGAUGACGUACGGUGAACUAGAUGAGAUCAGCCGCCGGCUGGCCUACCAUCUGGUAGAGCGAGGUGUCGGCCCGGAGGUGAUGGUUGGGCUGUGCAUGGAGAAGUCGAAGUUGGGAGUGGUGUCCAUGCUGGCUAUCCUCCGUGCUGGUGGCGCCGUGGUGCCUCUUGGGGUGCAGCAUCCAGUGGCCCGCAUUGAGGGCAUACUGAAAGAUACAGCCGCGCCGAUCGUACUGGUCGAUCGCGCUCACGAGCGGCGGCUGGUGGCGCUGGCGGCGCAUACGCAGCUGCUUGCGGUUGACUCUUUCUUCGAUACGGCUCCGGCGACCCUGACACCGUCCACCGAGCCCUGCCUAUCCGUACUGCCCAAGAACGCGGCCUGGGUGAUGUACACCUCCGGUAGCACCGGGAAACCCAAGGGUGUUGUGCUUGAGCAUAGGGCCGUCGCGACAAGCAUCCUUGCCCACGGACCUGCGAUUGGUGUACAGCCUCAUGACCGCCUGUCGCAGUUUGCGGCGUACACCUUUGAUGUUUCUAUUGCAGAAAUUAUGACGCCCCUCUCGAUCGGCGCAUGUAUCUGUGUUCCAUCCGAACAUGAUCGCAUAAGUCGCCUCACGACCUUCCUGUCAAAAGCAAAUGUCACUGUGGCUACAUUGACCUCAACUGUAGCAGCGCUGGUCCAGCCGCAAGACACGCCGACAACCCGAACGCUUAUUUUGACUGGCGAAGCCCUCCUACCAAAGGUUAUCGAUCAAUGGGUACAACAGGCCACUGUUGUGAACGCUUACGGCCCCUCGGAGAGCUCUAUAUGGACAACGGGUAACAAAGUCCGGGAUAGUUCAGAGGCUAAUAAUAUAGGAACGCCGCUUGCCGGCGCAUUCUGGGUGGUUAACCCAGCGAACAUCGCGGAACUGGUUCCAGUCGGCGCACCAGGUGAGCUCUUAAUCGAAGGCCCGCUGUUGGCGCGCGGGUAUCUCAACGAUCCGGCCAAGACAGCGGCUGCGUUUGUGACCGAUCCAGCGUUUGUGGAAGAGCUGGGUCUAAGCCCUGGCCGGCGGAUGUACCGUACCGGUGAUUUGGUACAACAGCAUCCCGACGGCUCCCUGACAUACCUCGGCCGUCGCGACACACAGGUUAAGAUCCGCGGCCAGCGGGUUGAAAUUGGAGAGAUCGAGAAUCAGAUUGUUCGUCUGCUUCCUGAUGCACGCGAUGCUAUUGUCGAUGUCGUUCGGCCGGACGGUGAGGCGCAUGAUGGAGUACUAAUGUUGGUGGCCGUUAUUGAAUAUCCUGAGGCUGGAUGGUCUAUCAGUGGAGGAGAGCUGGAACUAUACGACCCCGUAACAAUCACCAAAGCCGCACGCGAGGCUAUCAAGAAAUUGGAUACCGAGCUCGAGCAGGUUUUACCAGCAUACAUGGUGCCUACAGCAUUUUUACUUGCCCGGAAUAUUCCGGUGAAUACAUCGGGCAAGCUGGACCGCCGCAGCACGCAAGAUCAGUUGCGCCUCAUGUCCCGCGAGGCGUUAAGCAGCUUUUCCUAUUCGACAAUCACAAAGCAGGCUCCAACUACUACUAUAGAAUAUAAGCUGCAGCAAUUGUGGGCUGCAGUUUUAUCGCUUUCCCCUGACCAAGUAGGAAUUAACGAUUCCUUCUUCCGUCUUGGAGGAGACUCGGUGGUAGCUAUGAAGCUGACGGCAGCGGCCCGCGCUGAGAAGCUUCCUCUAUCCGUGGCUGACAUCUUUCAAUGGCCGCAUCUGGUGGAUAUGGCAGCGGUUAUAGAAGAGAAAUACGGCCUCACGAAUGGUCCUGCAACGAAUGGCGUGGUAUACGAAGACCCGGCCCCGCUGAGCUUAUGGCCGGAGCUCGCCCAGGCUGAUAUCCCGGAUACAGACCGGGCACGACUACUGGCAGAUGUUGCCGCGCAGUGUGGCAUAACCGCUAGCCAGAUCGAGGACGUCUAUCCAUGCAGCCCAUUGCAGGCCGGACUGAUGGCAAUUACCGCACAGCAUCCUCAGGCCUAUAUUAUUCAGCGUGUAUUCAGUCUGGAAGCUGACCUUUCAACUCAGAAGCUGAAGGCAGCCUGGGCGAGGCUGGUGGAAGCCCUGCCUAUUUUACGCACGCGCAUUAUACCCUCAGUACAAGCUGACGCAUUGCAAGUGGUGGUCCGGGAGCAGCAGCCGAUAUGGCAGGAUUCGGUGUCACUCGAGGACUAUCUUGCUGCAGAUAAAGCUAUCCCUAUUUCAUAUGGCGGCGUUUUGAGUCGUACUGCCAUUGUCGAGAGCGAAGAUAGGACAAAUAGGUUCCUCGUGUGGACGACACACCACAGCAUCUACGACGGCUGGAGCAUGGCUAGGAUGAUGGAAAUGCUUGUGCAGCUAUUACGAGGUGAAGCGGUUCCGGCCCCAGUGCCUGUGUCGCGCUUCAUCGCCUAUUUGUCCCAGCAGGAUCAGCAACAGACGGCAACAUUCUGGAAGAACCACCUCGAAGGCGCCAACUGGGCUCAUUUCCCGGCGUUGCCGUCCCUACACCAUAAAGUCGUACCCAACGACCUGCUGAACCACCAGAUCAGCAUUCCACGGACAGCAGGUGGUGUAACAACCCCGACACUGCUGCGCGCCGCCUGGGCCCUCCUCGUUGCGGCUCACAUUGGCGCCGAUGAAGCUCUUAUCAACGUCGUGCUCUCCGGCCGCAUGGCCCACGUUGAUGGCAUCACAAAUAUCAUAGCACCGACUAUCACGUCAGUGCCCUUUCGUGUAUCUGCAUGGAGGGAACAGACUGUGCGUGGUUUUCUUGGUGCUAUACAGAAGCAAACCACCCUGAUGAUCCCAUUCGAGCAUACUGGUCUUCAGAAUAUCCGUCGUAUGGUUCCCGGCCUUGGCCCAGACUUCAACCCUGGCCACAUGUUUGUUGUCCAACUGGCCGAGGAAAGCGAGUCGUCGCCACCAAUGUAUAACAAGCUAUUCAAGAGGGAGAUUACCACUGCGGACGCGUUUUACUCCCAUCCGCUCAAUAUCGAAUGCACAGUGGGCCAGGGGAGCAGUGGCGUCAGAGUUGAGAUGCGGUAUGAUCGCGAAGUCCUCCCCGUCGAUGCCGCCCAGCGUCUUCUUGCCCAGUUCGCCCACAUUGUGCAGCAGCUAGCAGACAAUGCCGAGGCGGAGCAGUUACUGGGACAGAUGCAAGUACUAUCUGCGGAGGAUGCUGUGCAAUUGUCCCAGUUCAACUCAAGAGUACCAACAAGGGUUGAUCGCUGCAUCCAUGAACUGGUGCAGGACCAGAUGGCGGCCCAACCAGCAGCACCGGCUAUCAGUUCGUGGGACGGCGAGAUGACAUAUAGCGAGCUGGAUAUUGCAAGUUAUCAGCUAGCUCAGCAUCUGGUCGGCUGUGGUGUAGGUCCUGAGGUGAUGGUUGGGCUGUGUAUGGAUAAGUCGAAGUGGACAAUCGUGGCGAUGCUAGCCAUCCUCCGCGCUGGUGGCGCCGUGGUGCCUCUUGGGGUGCAGCAUCCGCUGGCUCGUGUGGAGGGUAUCCUGAAAGAUACGGCCGCGCUGAUUGUACUGGUCGACCGCCACCAUGAACAACGUUUAGCUACGCUAUCGUCCUAUACGCAGCUGCUUCCCGUUGACUGUUUCUUUGACACGGCUCUAUCGACCCUAGCGAUAACAUCUACUGAGCCAUUUACAGCUGUGCGACCAGAAAAUAUUGCGUGGGUUAUCUAUACCUCUGGCAGCACUGGCACGCCUAAGGGUAUUAUCCUUGAACACCGGGCUAUUGUAACGAGCAUUCUUGCCCAUGCACCUCUCUGGGGGCUCUCUACCUCAACACGCACGCUCCAGUUUGCUGCUUUUACUUUCGAUGUCAGUAUCUCUGAUAUCAUGGCAACCCUUGCUUUUGGCGGCUGUAUUUGCUCGCUCUCUAAAGAUGAUCGUCUCUCAAGGCUUAAUCAGGCAGCUAGCGAUUUCCGGGUGACCUAUGCCAAUGUGACACCUACAGUCGCUCGCCUAUUAGACCCAAAGCUAGUGUCCACACUGAAAACUCUAGUCCUUAUUGGAGAGAUUGUUGAUCCAGGUGUUGUGGAUAGGUGGAACAAGGAUGCUGCAGUAAUUAAUGGUUAUGGCCCAGCUGAAGCAUCCAUUGUAUUCCAUUGCAGCCCGCCUAUACUGGAUCCUGCGCUUGCGGCAAACGUUGGACAGCCUAUCGCAGGAGGUGCCUGGGUAGCCGACCCGGACAACAUCGGCCGACUGAUGCCCCUUGGCGCACCGGGCGAGCUGCUCAUCGAAGGCCCGCUAUUAGCACGGGGCUACCUCAAUGACCCUGUCAAGACUGCUGCCGCCUUUAUCAAAAACCCGGCAUUUACGGAACAGUUGGGCCUAGUAGGCCCCGGCCGGCGGAUGUACCGCACCGGCGAUAUAGUGCAACAGAAUGCGGAUGGAUCGCUGACCUACAUCGGAAGGCGCGAUACACAAGUCAAGAUCCGCGGCCAACGAGUUGAGAUUGGAGAGAUAGAGAGCCAGAUUGUGUGUUUGCUUCCAGACGCACGCAAGGCCAUCGUCGAUGUGAUUCAGCCAGCCAGUGAGGCUCAUGACAGCAUGUUGAUGUUGGUGGCGGUCAUCGAGUAUGCUGAGGCUGGGCCUGCCCUGAGUAGUUGCGGAGCGUUGGAUGUAUACAAUCCCGCAAUGAUAACUGAAGCCACACUUAAGGCCCUCGACAAAUUGUACAUCGACCUCAUGCAGGCCUUACCAUUAUAUAUGGUGCCCUCGGCAUUUUUGCUUGCUCCGAAUAUCCCGUUAAAUCUUUCUGGCAAGUUAGAUCGCCGGACUGUACGGGAAGAGAUGUGCAAGAUGUCCCGCGAGUUGCUAAGCAGCUAUUCCUGCUCUACCACCACAAAGCAGGCUCCAAAAACUGCUAUGGAACAAAGACUGCAGAGCCUCUGGGCCGCGGCUUUGUCACUUCCACCUGAUACAGUAGGCAUCAAGGACUCCUUUUUCCGUCUUGGUGGAGAUUCAGUGGUGGCCAUGAAGUUGGCAGCAGCAGCCCGUGCUGAGAAUAUUCUCCUCUCCGUGGCCGAUGUCUUCCGCCUGCCCCGUCUCGAGGAUAUGGCAGCAGCUUUGGAAGAACAUCAUGAAGGCAAUAGCCCUAUAGAAGCAGAUCCGCUUCCGUUUAGUCUGUGGCCAGAGCUCGCCCAAAGCAAUACCGAUACAGAACGGGACUGCUUGUUAGCAGAUAUUGCCGCGCAAUGUGGUAUUUCUCCUGACCAAAUUGAGGAUGUCUAUCCAUGCAGCCCGUUACAGGCCGGGCUGAUGGCGAUUACCGCUCAGCAUCCAAAGGCCUAUGUUAUCCAGCGCGUCUUUCAACUACAUGCCAACCUCCCAACUGAACGGCUCAAAGCCGCUUGGAACCAGAUGGUCGAAGCCCUGCCUAUCUUGCGGACGCGUAUCGUUCCCUCUAUCCAGGCUGACGCGCUACAGGUCGUGGUGCAGGAGCAGCCAGUCUGGCAUCACAGGGCAUCACUUGAAGACUAUCUUGCUAUGGAUAGGGCUAAUGCUAUUACAUAUGGCGGCGAGCUCAAUCGCACCGCCAUAAUAGAGAGCGAAGACGAUGGGAGCCGCACCUUCGUGUGGACAUCACAUCACAGUAUCUACGAUGGUUGGAGCAAAUCGAAAAUGAUAGACAUGUUUGGGCAGCUCCUGAGGGGUGAGGCGCUACCAUCUGUCCCGGUACCAGUAUCACGGUUCAUUGCCUAUCUGGCUCGUCAGGAUGAGAAACGGAAGGUGGCAUUUUGGAAGAAUCAGUUCCAAGGUGUUAACUGGACGUCCUAUCCAGCCUUGCCAUCUGCGCAGCACAAAGUUAACCCUCGCGAUAAACUCAGCUGCCAGCUACACAUCUCUCUGGUUCCAGGAGCUGCGACAAUGUCCACAGUAUUGCGUGCUGCCUGGGCCCUCUUAGUCACCGCCAACACCGGCGCCGAGGAAGCAGUCAUCAAUGUCGUGCUCUCCGGUCGUAUGGCAGCCGUUGAUGGUAUUACAGACCUCAUAGCCCCGACUAUCACCUCAGUGCCCUUCCGCGUAUCGGCUUGGAGGGAACAGACCACACGCGGUUUCCUUUCUGAUGUACAGCAGCAGGCCACCGGGAUGAUCCCAUAUGAGCACACUGGUCUUCAAAACAUCCGGCGCGUGGCCCCUAGCCUUGGGCCAGAAUUCGACCCUGGCCACAUCUUUCUAGUUCAGCCAGCCGGAGAGAGCGAAUCAGCCAGACCGAUUUUUGAUAUAGGCAUGGACGUCGAUGAUGACGCUACUUCUAUGGACGCCUUUGACGCCUACGCCCUGAACGUCGAGUGCACCGUGGGCGGGACAAGUGAGGUUACAGUUGAGCUGUCCUUUGACCGCGAAGUUGUCCCGGUUAAUGCUGCGCAACGCCUGCUUGCUCAAUUCAGCCACAUUGCUGAGCAGCUCACAUGCCAUGCCGAUGUAGAGCUGCCCCUCGGGUCUCUCAAACUGUUACCGGAGGAGGACAGGGCACAGUUGAAACAGUGGAACUCUGUCAUACCUCCACGCAGUGAGCGUUGCCUCCACGACCUUGUGCGAGAAAACGUGCUUGACCGGCCUUCGGCGGUGGCUCUCAGCGCUUGGGACGGAGAGAUGACAUACGGCGAGUUGGACGACUCCAGCCGCCGGCUAGCCUGCCACUUGGUUGAUCGAGGUGUAGGCCCGGAGGUGAUGGUCGGCCUGUGCAUGGACAAAUCCAAGUGGGCGGUGGUGGCCAUGUUAGCCAUACUCCGCGCCGGUGGCUCUGUCGUCCCUCUUGGGGUGCAAUAUCCCCUGGCGCGCAUCGAACGAAUCGUGAAAGACACAGCUAUGUGCCUAGUCCUGGUUGACCCAUCGCAGCAAACUCGACUAGGCUCUGCACUGCCGGCUACCAUCACCGUCGAUGCCACCCUCCACGAAUCGCUCCCUGCUACGGGAUAUGACGCGUGUGCAACAGUCACAGCUGGCAAUGUGGCCUGGGUACUGUACACUUCAGGAAGUACUGGCCAACCUCAAGGCGUUGUACUUGAACAUGGUGCACUCGCUACAGCAGUGUUGGCUAAUGGUCGAUUUCUCUCUCUGACAACGGAAUCUCGGACUCUCCAAUUUGCGGCAUUCACCUUCGAUGUUUGCAUUACCGACAUCUUCUGCACACUGGCUAGUGGUGGCUGUGUGUGUCUAAUGUCUGAGGAAGACCGUAUGAAUGACUUGGCUGGUUGUUUUCAAAGAACCAAUGCCAACUACGUCGAGUUGACGCCAACAACCCUCAAAUUACUCUCCCCUGACCAGGUGCCGGCUGUCACAAAGCUUGCUCUCGGUGGUGAGGCAAUGGAGUCACAGCUUGUCGACAAAUGGAGUAGCAGUGUCCAACUUAUCAACUCAUAUGGUCCGUCCGAAUGCGCCAUUGUGUGCGCGGCAAACAUUGUGAGUGGAACCACGGAUCCCAAGAAUGUUGGAAAGCCACUGGCAGGGGCCUUCUGGGUUGUAUAUCCUCGAAAUCACAAUUGUCUCUGUCCUAUCGGCGUGCCGGGCGAGCUCCUGGUUGAAGGUCCAUUGCUAGCACGCGGUUACCUGAAUAACCCCGACAAGACCACCGCCUCUUUUAUCAAUGAUCCAGCAUUUGUCGAAGAGUUGGGUCUCAGCCCUGGCCGACGAAUGUACCACACAGGAGAUAUCGUGCAGCAGAAUACGGACGGCUCCCUAUCUUACGUCGGCCGAAUGGACACGCAGGUCAAGAUCCGUGGCCAGCGGGUGGAAAUCGGUGAGAUAGAGAACCAGAUUAGUCGUUUGCUCCCGCAUGGACAUCAAGCCAUGGUGGAUGUGGUGUGUCCUGCCGGUGAGGUGCUUGAUACGCCACUCAUGCUCGUGGCUGUCAUCGAGUAUGCUGAGGCUGGGCCUGCCGCGAGCAUCCCCGGACCGUUGAAGCUAUACAAUGGCGCACAGAUUACCGAAGCCGCGCGGAAGGACGUUGAAAAACUGGAAGCCAACCUCGGGCAGAUGCUGCCGGCUUACAUGGUCCCCGCGGUGUUCUUAUUAGCUCCGAGUAUCCCGGUCAACGCGUCUGGCAAGCUGGACCGCCGUGCCGUGCGGGAUCAGCUGCGCCUGAUGUCCCGCGAGUCGCUGAGCAGCGUUUCCCUCCCGGCAGGCUCAAAGCAGGCCCCAACCACUGCAAUAGAACAGAGGCUACAGAACCUCUGGGCCACGGCGCUCGUGUUGGACCCCAAAUCAUUUGGGAUUAAUGACUCCUUCUUCCGCCUUGGUGGUGACUCUGUGGUGGCUAUGAAGCUAACGGCCGCAGCCCGAGCUGAGAAGAUUCCCCUAUCCGUGGCUGACAUCUUCCAAUGGCCCUGUCUGGCUGAUAUGGCAGCCGCUAUAGAAGAGAAACAAUUCGAAGACACUGGCCCGGCGGACGAAGAUCCAGCCCCGCUAAGUCUCUGGCCAGAGCUUGUCCAUACUGAUAAUCCUGAAGUCGAGCGAGUACGACUGUUGACCGAUGUUGCUGCAUAUUGUAGCAUAGCCUUUGACGAUAUCGAGGAUGUCUAUCCAUGCAGCCCGUUGCAGGCCGGACUGAUGGCGAUUACCGCCCAACGUCCCGAAGCCUACGUUGUCCAGCGUGUAUUCAGCCUAGAGACCGACCUGUCCAUUCAGAAGCUGAAGGCUGUCUGGGCGAGGGAGCAGCCGACCUGGCAGAACUGGAUGUCACUCCAGGAGCAUCUCGAAGCUGAUAAAACUAAGCCGAUCACUUACGGCGGCGCGCUCAGUCGUGCGGCGAUCUUAGUGGACGCAGAUUGUCGGUACUUUGUCUGGACAGCACAUCACAGUGUUUUUGACGGAUGGAGCUUGGUGGAAAUGUCAAAGCUCGUGGAACAGCUGCUAAAAGAUGAGGCUCCUUCGCCCUCAGUGCCCGUCUCUCGAUUUAUUGCCUACUUGGCCCGGCAGGACAAGGAACAGGCCGCAGUAUUCUGGCAGCGGCAGCUUGAAGGCGCCAGCUGGGCUCAAUAUCCAGCCUUGCCCUCUCCGCAGCACGUCGUCAACCCGAGAGAUGUGAUCCAGCAACAGGUCGAAAUUCCCAACAGUCCAGGUAAUGGGACAACGGCGACCCUGUUGCGAGCCGCCUGGGGCCUCCUGGUAGCCGCCAACACCGGUUCUGAUGAGUCAGUUAUCAGCGUUGUUCUAUCCGGCCGCGGGGCGGCCGUUGAGGGCAUCACUGGCCUGGUGGCACCGACUGUUACUUCGGUUCCCUUCCGCGUUUCUGCUUCGCCAACUCAGUCUGUACGGGAGUUCCUUACCACCAUACAUAAGCGGGCAACCGAAAUGAUCCCGUAUGAACAUACCGGUCUCCAGAACAUUAGACGCAUGGUCUCUAGCCUGGGACCGGAGUUCGACCCAGGUCAUAGCUUUGUUGUUCAGCCUGCCGAGAAGAGCGAGUCAGCCUUACCGAUGAGAGAUCAUACAGAAAUCUUUGCCGAUGCCUUUGACGCAUAUUCGCUCACCGUCGAGUGCACGAUGGCAGCAGAGACGAAUACAGUUAAGGUCGAACUACGCUAUGACCGCGAAGUCCUUACGGUUGACAAUGCGCAUCGCCUACUGGCACAGUUUGACCAUAUUGUCCAGCAGCUAGCACGAAAUGCACAGACCGAACGCCCCCUAGGACAGCUGCAACUACUAUCGAGGGAGGAUGGCGUGCAGUUGAGCAGAUGGAAUUCAACUGUUCCGCCCCGGAUAGAGCGCUUUGUCCACGACCUUGUACUUGACAAGAUGGCAGUGCAGCCGUCCGCACUGGCUAUCAGCGCAUGGGACGGAGAUAUCACAUACAAGGAGCUAGAUGAUUACAGCCGCUGGCUAGGUUAUCAUCUGGUAGAGCGAGGUGUCGGGCCGGAGACGAUGGUCGGCAUGUGUAUGGAUAAGUCCAAGUUUGGAGUAGUGGCUAUGCUGGCUAUCCUCCGCGCCGGUGGAGCUGUCGUCCCCUUCGGUGCACAACAUCCAGUAGCCCGCAUUGAGGGAAUCUUCAAAGACAUAGCCACGCGGCUCAUCCUGGUUGACCGUGGUCAAGAACAACGGCUGGGGGCGCUGGAUACACAGCUACUCGUGGUCGAUUCUUUCUUCUGUGUGGCCCCGGCUACCCCGAUACCGUCCAGCGAGCCCUGCAUAUCCGUACGGCCUGAGAAUGUGGCCUGGGUUAUCUAUACCUCUGGCAGCACCGGUAUGCCUAAGGGUGUUGUUCUUGAACACAGGGCUCUUACAACAAGUAUCCUUGCCCAUGGCCGCGCAUUUGGCAUUCAAUCCGAUGACCGGCUGUCACAAUUUGCUGCCUAUACCUUCGACGUCGCUAUCCAGGAAAUUAUGACGAGUCUUGCUUUUGGGGCAUGUAUUUGUAUUCCUUCAGAAUAUGAUCGUGUGAACCGGCUCAUGCCAUUCCUAUCAGACGCUAAUGUUACUAUCGCCACUUUGACGUCAACAGUGGCUUCUUUAGUCCAGCCAGAAAACACACCGAGCGUACGAACGUUGGUUUUGAUGGGUGAAGCUGUUCAACCAAAGGUUGUUGACCAAUGGUUUGAUCAUGCCGACAUUAUCAAUGCUUAUGGGCCCUCGGAAUGCUGUAUUCAUACCACAGGAAACAAGAUCCAGAAAAGAUCAGAGGCACCUAAUGUAGGGAAGCCGCUUGCGGGUGUUUUCUGGGUCGUUAAUCCCGCCAAUGUUGGACAAUUGGUUCCAAUCGGUGCGCCGGGCGAGCUGCUGAUUGAAGGGCCACAGUUGGCAAGAGGUUACUUGAACGACCCUGUCAAGAGCGCUGCUGCCUUUAUCAACAACCCGGCAUUUACAGACUAUUUGGGCCUAAAUGGCCGACGGAUGUACCGCACUGGUGAUAUGGUGCAGCAGAAUGCAGACGGCUCAGUUAUAUAUCUCGGUCGCCGUGACACUCAGGUCAAGAUCCGCGGCCAGCGAGUCGAGAUUGGAGAAAUCGAGAGUCAGAUUAUGCAUCUGCUCCCAGAUGCAUCCGAAGCUAUCGUGGAUGUAGUGCGACCGGCUGGUGAGGCACACGAUGGAGUUCUGGUGUUGGUUGCUGUCAUUGAAUAUCCUAAGGCUGGAUCAUCCAGCAGUGGAGAGUUGGACCUGUACGAUGAUUCACGUAUCACCAAUGCCGCCCGUAAUAGCCUCCAGGGGUUGGAAAUCGAGCUCGGCCAAGUACUUCCGGCAUAUAUGGUACCAAUGGCGUACCUCCUGACGCCAAAGAUCCCAGUGAACAAUUCUGGCAAGCUGGACCGCCAGUUCGUGCGGGAACAGCUACGUCGUAUGUCCCGCGAGGCGCUGAGUAGCUAUUCUACAAUGGCAAAGCAAGCUCCAAAAACUGCUAUGGAGCAAAAGCUGCACCGCCUCUGGGCCGCAGCCCUAUCGCUUUCCCCUGAUGUAGUGGGCAUCAACGACUCCUUCUUCCGGCUUGGUGGUGACUCGGUAGUGGCCAUGAAGCUGACAGCGGUUGCCCGGGACGAGCAGAUUCCCCUCUCUGUGGCCGACAUAUUCCGUUGGCCCCGGCUUGUAAGUCUGGCGAAGGCUAUGGAAAACAAGCACGAGGACUAUGGCUUCGCGGACAAAGAUCCAGCCCAAUUCAGUCUGUGGCCGGAACUCGCCCAGACCGACCCCGAGAUGGACGACGAGAGAGAACGAUUGUUAGCAGAUGUUGCGCUGCAGUGCUCUGUCACAACUGACCUGGUCGAGGAUAUUUACCCCUGCAGCCCCCUUCAGGCCGGUCUUAUGGCUAUCACUGCACAGUAUCCUAAGGCCUACGUUGCCCAACGUGUUUUCCGACUGCAGGCCAAACUGUCUACUCAACAGCUCAAAGCUGCUUGGACGCAACUGGCCGAAACCCUUCCAAUCUUGCGCACACACGUCAUCUCCUCAGUCCUUUGUAAUGCACUUCAGGUUGUAUUAAGGAAGGAGCCUGUUUGGCACCAUGGGACGUCGCUCGACGACUAUCUCGCAACAGACCGCGCCAACCCAAUUACCUAUGGCGGAGCGCUUAGUCGUACGGGUAUUGUUCACAAUGGAGCUGACCGCUACUUUAUAUGGACAACGCACCAUAGUGUCUAUGAUGGCUGGAGUGUGACCAAAAUAAUGGAAUUGCUGGCCCGGCUAUUGCAAGGCGCAGCUCCGCCAGUCCCGGUCCCUGUGUCACGAUUCAUUGCCUACCUGACCCUGCAAAAUGAAGAGAAAACAGCGUCAUUUUGGCAAAAGCACCUUAAGGACGCCAACUGGGCUCGUUAUCCGGCUUUACCAUCCUCCAAGCACUAUGUCAACCCGAGGGAUACACUUCAGCAACAUCUCCACGUCCCUCUGAAGUCAGAAGCUGCAACACUCCCCAUAGUCCUACGCGCCGCCUGGACUCUGGUUGUCGCUACAAAUACUGGGCUUGACGAGGCAGUUAUUAAUGUGGUACUAUCUGGUCGUAUGGCACCAAUCAAUGGGAUUGCACAAUUGAUAGCCCCAACUAUUACUACAGUCCCCUUCUAUACAUCAGUGUCACAGGAGCAGUCUGUGAAAGGCUUCCUUACUGAUAUGCAAAACCGGUCGACUGAGAUGAUUCCAUAUGAACAUACUGGUCUCCAGAACAUUUACCGCAUGGUUCCUGGGCUUGGACCAGAAUUCGACCCUGGCCAUAUCUUUGUGGUCCAGCCAGCUGGAGAGACCGAGUCAGGGACACCAUUGUUCAAUAUGGGUAUGGAUGUAUAUGACGAAGCUACUUCUAUGGAUGACUUUCAUGCCUAUCCCCUGACAGUCGAGUGUACUGUGGGAUCAGAUGUUAGUGAUGUUACAGUUGAGCUGCGGUACGAUCGCGAUGUCGUCCCCGUUGAUGCUGCGCAGCGUCUUCUUGCCCAACUUUGUCACAUUGUGCAGCAGCUGUCAGACAAUACAGAUACUGAGCAGCCGCUCAGACAGCUGCAACUACUAUCCUUGGAGGACAGUUUGCAGUUGUCCAAAUGGAACUCGACAGUUCCGCCUCGACUUGAGCGCUGCAUUCAUGACCUGGUGUUGGAUGAGAUGGCCGCCCACCCGGAGAGAACAGCCAUCAGCGCGUGGGAUGGCGAGUUGACGUACGGCGAGUUACAUGAAGCGAGCCGACGGCUGGCUCACUAUCUGUCCGCCGGCUGCGGCGUAGGCCCUGAGGUGAUGGUUGGGCUGUGCAUGGAUAAGUCGAAGUUAGGAGUGGUGGCCAUGCUGGCUAUCCUCCGUGCCGGCGGCGCCGUGGUCCCUCUCGGCGUGCAGCACCAAUUGCCCCGUAUUCAGGGGAUUGUCCAGGAUAUUUCAGCACCGCUCGUGCUGGUUGAUCGUAUGCAUGAGCAGCGUUUGGACGCGCUAUCAGCCUAUACACAGCUGCUUGCAGUUGAUUCUUUCUUCGACACAGCCCCGUUGUCCCCAAUACCGACCGCCGAGCCCUGUGUAUUUGUGCAGCCCGACAAUGUGGCCUGGGUUAUCUUCACCUCCGGCAGCACUGGAACGCCUAAGGGCGUUAUACUUGAACACGGUGCACUUGCAACUAGCAUCCUUGCUCAUGGGCGUGCAUUUGAUAUUCAGCCACGCGACCGGCUCUCACAGUUUGCGGCAUAUACUUUUGAUGUUGCUAUCCAGGAGAUUAUGACGACCCUUUGUCUGGGGGCAUGUAUUUGCGUUCCCUCAGAAGAUGAUCGUGUUAACCGUCUUACACCUUUCUUAUCGGAGGCUGGGAUUACUAUUGCCACUUUAACAUCAACAGUAGCCGCCUUAAUCCAGCCACAAAAUAUCCCGACCAUACGAACGCUAGUAUUGAUGGGCGAACCUGUUGAACCGAAAGUCGUUGAUCAAUGGGUUGAGCAUGCCAAUAUCAUCAAUGCUUACGGGCCAUCCGAGUGCUGUAUCCACACCACAGGAAACAAGAUUUGGAACAGAUCAGCGGCACUUAAUGUUGGCAAGCCGCUCGCUUCAACGUUCUGGGUAGUCAACCCAGCCAGCAUACAACUAGUUCCAAUCGGUGCGCCGGGCGAGCUGCUCAUUGAAGGACCGCAAUUGGCCCGCGGCUAUCUCAACGACCCUGUCAAGACCGCCGCCUCUUUUAUCAAAGAUCCAGCAUUUGUCGAAGAAAUGAACCUGAGCCCUGGUCGUCGCAUGUAUCGAACUGGCGAUCUGGUACAGCAGAACCCGGAUGGGUCGCUGACCUACCUCGGCCGACGCGAUACACAAGUCAAGAUCCGUGGCCAGCGAGUUGAAAUUGGAGAGAUCGAGAGCCAGAUUAUGCGGCUGCUGCCAAACGCACGCGAGGCUAUCGUCGAUCUGGUGCCGCCAGCCGGGGAGCCCGAUGACGGCAUAUUGAUGUUGGUGGCCGUCGUCGAAUAUCCCGAUGUUGGACCAUCCAGCAGCGGAGAGCUGGAGCUAUAUGAUCCCGCAAAGAUCACGGACACUGCGCGCAAGGCCCUCAAGAAAUUAGACACUGAUUUGGGCCGGGUCCUGCCAGCAUACAUGGUCCCAGCAGUGUUUUUACUUUCGCCGAAGAUCCCGACCAAUACCUCCGGCAAGCUGGACCGCCGGGCCGUGCGGGAUCAGCUGCUCCUGAUGUCCCGCGAGUCGCUGAGCAACGUUUCCUGCUCGGCAGGCUCAAAGCAGGCACCAACUACUAUUACGGAAGAAACGUUACAGAGGCUCUGGGCUACAGCUCUAGUAUUAGAGCCUGAAGCGGUUGGGAUGAACGACUCCUUUUUCCGUCUUGGUGGAGACUCAGUCAUUGCUAUGAAGUUAACAGCAGCAGCCCGGGCUGAAAAGAUCCCCCUAUCCGUGGCUGACAUCUUCCGAUGGCCCCGUCUGGCUGAUAUGGCAGCUGCUUUAGAAGAGAAACAUGGCCUCGAGAAUGGCCAUGCGAAUAGUGAAGAUCCAGCCCCGCUGAGUUUGUGGCCGGAGCUCGCCCAGGCCGACGAUGCGGCCGCAGAGACACGACUAUUAGCAGAUGCUGCCGCUCAAUGUAACGUUUCUAUUGACCAGAUUGAAGAUAUCUAUCCCUGCAGCCCGUUACAGGCUGGGCUUAUGGCGAUCACUGCACAACGUCCCGAGGCCUAUGUUAUUCAGCGGAUCUUCCGACUACAGUCUAACCUCUCCACCAAGCAGCUCAAAGCCGCCUGGACAAGGCUGGUUGAAUGCUUGCCUAUAUUGCGAACCCGCAUUAUCCCCUCAGUACAAGCUGAUUCAUUGCAAGUUGUAGUACGGUCACAGCCACAGCCAGUCUGGCAGGACUGGAAAUCACUGGACGACUAUCUUGCAAUGGAUAAAGCCACCCCUAUUACAUACGGUGGCGUCCUCAGUCGUACAGCAAUUGUGGCGAAUGAGGACAGAGCGAAUCGGUUCUUUGUGUGGACAACACAUCACAGCGUCUAUGACGGCUGGAGCAUGGCCAAGACAAUUGAAUUGCUCGCCCGACUGUUAAAAGGGGAGGCUCCGCCCGCCACGGUGCCUGUAUCACGAUUUAUUCGCUACCUGGCCCUGCAGGAUAAAAAGGAAAUAGAAAUAUUCUGGAGGGGACAUCUCGAAGGCGCCAACUGGGCUCGUUAUCCAGCCUUGCUGUCCCCGCAGAACAAUGUCAACCCAAGGCAUGCACUCCAGCAACACCUCUGCGUUCCUCUAACGGCAGCAACUGCUCUACCUACCGUCCUACGCGCCGCCUGGGCCCUGCUUGUCGCUACAAAUACUGGGCUUGAUGAGGCAGUUAUCAAUGUGGUGCUGUCUGGUCGUAUGGCUCCAAUUGAUGGGAUCACAGAUGUUAUAGCACCAACUAUCACUACAGUCCCGUUCUAUGUAUCAGCCUCCCAAGCGCAAUCUGUCAAAGGCUUCCUUGCUGAUAUAUAUAACCGGGCGGCUGAGAUGAUUCCGUAUGAACAUACUGGUCUCCAGAACAUCCGGCAACUAGUUCCAGGCCUGGGACCAGAGUUUGACCCCGGCCAUAUCUUUGUGGUUCAGCCAGCCGGAGAAAGGGAGUCAGCAACACCCAUGCUCCAUAUGGAUGUUGAGCGUGAAACCACUUCUAUGGACGCCUUUGACGCCUACGCCCUGACAGUCGAGUGUACGAUAGGACAGGGGACGAACGUCCAUAUCGACAUACGCUACGACCGUGCAGUAUUGCCACCUAAUGAUGCGCAACGGCUGCUCACCCAGUUCAGUCACAUUGUGCAGCAGAUAGCACAAAAUGCCGAGACUGAGCAGUCACUAGGACAGUUACAAUUGCUGUCCGUGGAGGAUAGUGCCCAGCUACGCAAGUGGAACUCAGCAUUACCAUCCCAGGUUGACCGCUGCAUUCAUGAUCUAGUCCAUGAUAAGAUGGUUGAGCAGCCGUUUGCAACAGCUAUCAGCGCGUGGGACGGUGAAAUGACAUAUCAUGAGCUAGACAGCGCAAGCUGGCAGCUAGCCCACUACUUGCUCCAGCAUAAUAUCGGCCCGGAGGUGAUGGUUGGCAUGUGUAUGGAUAAGUCGAAGUUAGGAGUAGUGGCUAUACUGGCUAUUCUUCGCGCUGGCGGCGCCGUGGUCCCUCUCGGUGUACAACAUCCAAUAGCCCGCCUUGAGGGCAUUGUGAACGACACAGCUGCGCCGAUCGUAUUGGUCGAUCGCGCUCACCAGCGGCGGCUGGUGGCGCUGGCGGCGCAUACACAGUUACUUGCCGUGGACUCCUUCUUUGAUGCGGCUUCGUCAACUCCAGUGAUAACGACAUCCGCUGAGCCUUGCAGGUCCGUCCGCCCUAAUCAUGUAUCCUGGGUCAUCUAUACCUCUGGCAGCACUGGCAUGCCUAAGGGCGUUGUGCUGGAACAUGGGGCCCUGGCAACUAGUAUCCUUGCUCAUGGGCGCGCAUUCGGUAUCCAACCCCACGACCGGCUCUCACAGUUUGCAGCGUAUACCUUUGAUGUGGCUAUUCAGGAAAUUAUGACGAGUCUUGUAAUGGGGGCAUGCAUCUGUAUUCCGUCAGAACACGAUCGGAUGAACCGGCUCACGCAAUUCCUAUCAGAAGCUAAUAUCACUAUCGCUACUUUGACAUCAACAGUAGCCGCCUUAAUCCGGCCACAACGCACGAGCGUACAAACCCUCGUUUUGAUGGGCGAAGCUGUGCAACCCAGAGUCAUUGAUCAGUGGGUUGGGCAUGCCACUGUUAUCAAUGCUUACGGACCCUCGGAAUGCUGUAUACACACCACGGGGAACAAGAUCAGGGACAGAUCAGAAGCAAGCAAUAUAGGCUUACCGCUAGCGAGCAUCUUCUGGGUAGUGAACCCAGCCAGCAUCGGCCAACUGGUUUCACGUGGCACACCUGGUGAGCUGCUGAUUGAAGGCCCCCAACUGGCUCGGGGCUACCUUAACGACCCUUCUAAGACCGCGGCCUCUUUUAUCCAAGAUCCGCCAUUUGUGGAGGCGCUAGGCCUGAGCCCCGGCCGACGGAUGUACCGAACUGGUGAUAUAGUGCAACAGAAUGCGGAUGGAUCACUGACCUACCUGGGCCGACACGACACUCAGGUCAAAAUCCGUGGCCAGCGGGUGGAAGUCGGCGAAAUUGAGUACCAUAUAGGGAAGCAGGCCGGUAUCCAUGAUGCAGUUGUGCUUCAUAUGCGGCAAGGACCCUUUGCUGGUCAACUUAUUGCUGCUGUCAUCCUCAGUGAGACUGAGACCUCGGAAGCAAGCCGCCAUCAGAACUCUGGUGUCAAAUAUAUUCCUGAAGACCAGAAGGAGGGUGCUCAAAUCCUGCUACGCAAUGCUCAGCAUGACUUGGCACAGCAGGUCAUGCACUAUAUGGUGCCGAGUAUUUGGAUCCCGUUAGCAGCUGUGCCGAUAAAUGCAUCGGGCAAGACGGAUCGACUUGCGCUCACUCGCUGGGUACAAUCGUUGCCACCAGACCAAAUAGUAGCUCUGACUGGCAGCACUGAGGAGACUGAAGAUGCUGAGAAGCUAAUGGCAACGGCCACACCCGUCGAGCGAUCGUUGCGGGUGAUAUGGAGCGAAGUACUAGGCAUUCCGUUGCAAGACGUGACAUUCUUGACUACCUUUUUCAGUCUUGGGGGAGACUCUAUCACAGCAAUGCAGGUAGUGUCAGCCAGCCGGGCCCGUGGCAUUCUCGUCACUGUACGCAACAUUUUAGACAGCCAGACAAUCCCCAGUCUGGCGGCCCAAGCGCAGAGAGUCGAAGCUGCAGACGAUACAAAAACGCACUCUGUCAACAGUACGCAGAUCCCUACGGAAGAGCCGGCAGCUACAGCAACAGACUUUCUGCUCGCACACCUGUCUGACAGUGACAUGCUAGUGAAUGAGGGGCAAUACCUCAAUUCUAUUGGUCUCUCUUCAAUCACUGAAAUUGAAGAUAUUCUCUCUUGUUCACCAAUCCAGCAAGGCAUUCUGCUUACACAGGUGCAAUCACCGUCAACCUACUGCAUCCAGCACACAUGCCGUAUUAAGUCGUCGGAUCCGGCAAACCAACCUGUCAGCGUCGACCGGCUUGUUGGAGCAUGGCAUCAGGUCGUUAUGCGGCACUCCAUCCUCAGAACUGUCUUGCUUGAGCCGCUACCAGGUAAGGAGAGAUUUAUCCAGAUUGUCUUGAGGCAACCGGAUAUUGGCAUUCUCAGUGAGAAUGGGGUUGCAGAUGCAGCUGUAGCUGAGUGGUUUGAUUCCCAGCCAACGCUUGACGUUUCAGACCUUCGAUACCCUCCCCAUCGUCUAACGCUACUGAGGACAGCCACAGGCGAGGUAUACUGCCGGCUUGACGUGAGCCAUGCCCUAGUUGACGCCUCGUCACUGACACUGAUUAUCCGAGACCUUAUCACUGCCUAUGAGGGUACAUUACUGGAUGACGGUGGUUCGCAUUACAGUGCCUAUAUGGAAUUCCUUGAGAGAAGACAGCCACAGGAAGACCU